UUUCAAUUUGGUUCCGACUACACCAGAAUGUGAAAUCGGCUUUCAGAGACAGGUUUAAGCUUAAUACAGAGUUCAAAGAACGGAGUGGCUACAAGGCAAAAUUGUAGUCGCAUGUGCAGUGUGGUGUUUCCGUUUAUAAAUAUUAUUAGCUGAAGAAAUGGAGGAGUUUCUUAAAUUUAACAGUGUUUAUACGGAUCAGUAUCACAAGAUCGCCAAGGAAUUUAAGAGGAUAGGGGAAAAUAUUUACUUGGACCAUGCAGGAGCUACAUUGUAUUCAGAAAAACAAAUGCAGCAUGUUUCACGGAACUCACCUCCAAUAUUUAUGACAAUCCUCAUUCUAUGAACAUGUCUGGUAAACUUACAGAAGAUGCAGUCGACUUGGUUCGUUUCGAUCAUUUCAAUACCAACGAUCAGGAGUAUUCAAUUGUAUUUACAUCUGGUGCUACCUCAGCUCUGAAGACGAUCGCAGAAUGCUUUGAUUAUGGAGAAAAUGGCACGCUGGCAUACCUCCAGCACAACCACACAUCAGUUCUUGGAAUGAGGUGCUUUUCCAAACGAUAUACCGAGGUGAAAGUUGAAGAUGCUUUCGAAAUCGAAGAUCAUAGCGAAGAAACCUCAUCACUAAGUGAUGCUGGUAAUGGUCUCUUUGUAUAUCCUGCUCAAUGUAACUUCUCAGGAACGAAGUUUCCGCUAUCUUGGAUUGAAAGGGUAAAAGCUGGAAAGCUUAACAAGCUUGUAAAAGUACCUUGCAAGCGCUGGUACGUAGUUUUGGAUUGUGCUUGUUACGUAUCCACGAAUCAUUUGGACCUUUCGUUAUGGAAACCAGAUUUUGUGUGUAUAUCGUUUUACAAACUUUUUGGGUAUCCCACCGGAUUAGGAGCGCUUUUGGUGAAGAAGACGAGCGAAGAAAUGCUCGUGAAGAAAUAUUUUGGUGGAGGUACGGUGCAAAUGGCGCUAAGCUCCCAAAAUGUUAUGGUACCGAGAAAUAGACUACAUGAAAGGUAA